UUAUUAUGAUGAUUUUUGCCUACGUCGUGUGUGUGGAGCCUCUUCUUGCCUGACAUGGUGCAAAGGCAGAGGGAGUAAUGGCGACCUGACACACGGAGGGGCUGAGGAAGAGCAGGAGGCAGCCAAAGCGGGAAGGAAAAGGAGCUUUUUUUCUGUAUAACUGGAGUCAAGAUAAAUCUUUGAGCUGGAAUCCCUCAAAUAACCUUCAAAGAUGAAGGCAGCAGAUGAGCCUGCCUACCUGACAGUGGGAACUGAUGUCAGUGCCAAGUACCGUGGUGCCUUUUGCGAGGCAAAGAUUAAGACAGUGAAGAGGCUGGUGAAAGUCAAGGUGAUCCUGAAACAGGAUAACUCAGCUCAGUUAGUGCAAGAUGACCAAGUAAAAGGACCUUUAAGAGUUGGUGCAAUGGUUGAAACCAAGAUGCCUGAUGGAUCCUUUCAAGAAGCUGUUAUCAACAAAUUGACAGAUGCCAGCUGGUAUACUGUAGUUUUUGAUGAUGGAGAUGAGAGGACAUUGAGACGAACUUCAUUGUGCUUGAAGGGGGAAAGACACUUUGCAGAAAGUGAGACACUUGACCAACUGCCACUAACAAAUCCAGAGCACUUUGGAACUCCAGUAAUUGGGAAGAAAUCCAACAGAGGGAGAAGAUCUUCUCUUCCUGUCACUGAAGAUGAAAAAGAGGAAGAAAGUAGUGAAGAGGAAGAGGAAGAUAAGAGACGUCUUAAUGAUGAAUUGCUUGGCAAAGUUGUCAGUGUAAUUUUUUGUUCAGAGAAGACUGACUGGUAUCCGGCUUUGGUAAUAUCUCCCAGCUGUAACGAUGACAUCACAGUGAAAAAGGACCAGUGUUUAGUUCGAUCUUUUGCAGAUUCCAAAUUUUAUUCAAUAGCAAGAAAGGACAUCAAAGAACUAGAUGUAAAGCUAUCAAAAUCUGAUCUGUCUGCUAAAAAAGGGUUACAGGAAGCAAGCACUUUCUUAAACACAAAAGCUGUUCCUGAUAACUGGAAAAUGGACAUGAGUGAAAUCCUGGAGUCCUCCAGCAGUGAUGAGGAAGAUGGCGCUGCUGCAGAAAGUGAUGAAGAGGAAGACAAAGUGGAAGAAAAGGAGGAAGAAGUAGUGCCUGAGGAAGAGCUUGAUCCUGAAGAGAGGGACAACUUCCUCCAACAGCUUUACAAGUUUAUGGAAGACAGAGGUACUCCUAUCAAUAAACCUCCUGUUCUGGGCUACAAGGAUCUUAACCUCUUCAAACUUUUUAGACUGGUGUAUCAACAGGGUGGGUGUGACAAUAUUGACAGCGGUGCUGUAUGGAAGCAAAUUUAUAUGGACCUUGGCAUUCCUAUUUUGAACUCAGCUGCUUCCUACAAUGUAAAAACUGCUUAUAGAAAGUAUCUUUAUGGUUUUGAAGAAUACUGCCGCUCUGCAAACAUUCAGUUCAGGACCAUCCAUCAUAAUGAACCAAAAGUGGUAGAAGACAUUCAGAAACAAGAAGAACCAAUGGAGGAAAGUGUAAAAGAGGAACAAGAAAUGCUUCCAGCAGAAGUAAAAAAUGAAGCAGAAGAAAAUGAUUCCAGCAGCGAAAGUGAAAAAGAAGAAAUAGAAUUAAGAUCCCCGAGAGGAAGGAGGAGACUUGCUCGCGAUGCAAUAACUACUAAAAAAGAAACUGAAGAGGAUAAAAUGCAGGACAAAUUAAAAGACAGCAACAAAGAAAAUAAAGAUGUAGAGGAAACACUUGAGAAUGCAGAUAAGAAAGAAAAUGAGACACCACUCGGGAGAAAGAACACACCAAAGCAAAAAGAGAAGAAAAUGAAAAAGCAAGAGGAAUCUGAUAAAGAAUCUGAUGAAGAGGAAGAGAGAAGGCAAGAGAGGGAGGAAGUUGAAAACAAAGGAGAAUCAGAAGGGGAGGAAGAUGAGGAGGACUCAGAGCCCUGUCUAACGGGAACCAAAGUGAAAGUAAAAUAUGGACGUGGAAAAACUCAGAAAAUUUAUGAAGCCAGUAUUAAAAGCACAGAAAUUGAUGAUGGAGAGGUUUUAUAUUUAGUACAUUACUAUGGCUGGAAUGUAAGAUACGAUGAAUGGGUGAAAGCUGAUCGGAUUAUCUGGCCUUUGGACAAAGGAGGACCAAAGAGAAAACAAAAGAAAAAAGCAAAAAGUAAAGACGACCAGGAAAAGGAUGAAAAGAAGGAUGAGGAGAAACAGAAAUCAAAACGUGGCCGCCCCCCUCUGAAAUCUACUCUUCUGUCAAACAUGUCUUGCAGUUUAUCCAAAACACCUAAUAGUGAAGGUAAAGCAGGAGCCAGAAGUACACGGAGCAAUAUGUCAGAUUGCUCGUCAUUACCAAAUGGAACAGAAGGAACACCUCGCAGGCAGACGAGACGUAGCUCAGGAAUGUUUGAUUCUGAUAGAGGAUCAAACGAUUCUGGUUCAUCUGACAGUGAAGCUGAUGAGACUUCUGAAAAGAGUAUGAAUGAAGAAUUUUCUGCAGAAAUUUCAGAUAUGGAAAAAAAUGAAAAACUAAUUGAUGAGAAACCUGCUGAAGAAAACCCAAAGAUCCCACAUGUAUUGAUGAAAGAAAAUGACAGGACUCAAGUGCAGCCUCUAGAAACUUUGAAACUGGAAGUUGAAGAAAGUGAACAAAUAGUUCAGAUUUUUGGAAACAAAGCUGAACAAGUGGAAGAAAUGAAAAAAGAGACUGAAAAAUCACCUAAGGGGAAGGGAAGAAGGAGCAAGACAAAAGACCCCUCUUUAGAGAAUGUAAAGGUUUUGCCAGAAAGCCAGGAAGAGGGAACAAAUGAAACCCUCAUAGAAUCUGAAAGAUCAGAAAUUUCUUCCUUAGACAGUAAAGAGUUUUCCACCACUGCUGAAAAUGAAACAGACCCUUGUACAAAAGAUAAGAAGCUUUUGAAAAGGAAAACGUUGGAACAGACAUCACCUGAGAAAAAGGUACGACGAGAGUGUGAGAUGGAAGUGCCAAAUAUUGUGUCUGAGGAGAGGACCAAUGAAUGUAUUGGAAUAGAGGAAUGUAAAGACUUUCAUGAUGAAGAGUCACUCAGAACUGAAAAUGAGGAAAUGCCGUCUUUAGUAGCAGAGUCAGAUCAACAUGUUCAAGAGCUGACUAAUGAAAACUUUGAAUGUACAUCUGAGGAAAAUGAGCACGUUCCAUUAAAAGAUGAGGAUGACGCUAUGCCUCAGAUUGGACCUGAAACUCUACUUUGCCAUGAAGUGGACUUGGAUGACUUUGAUGAAAAGGAAAAGAGCAGUAGUGAGGAUGCAGUGACAGAAAAGCCAGACCCCAACACUUUGACCUCAAAUCCAUCUGCCUUAACCCCUGCAGUCCAGCCUAACUUCUCUGUGGCCUCCCCCCUUGCUCUUAGUCAGGAUGAAUCUCGCAGUAUAAAAAGUGAAAGCGAUGUAACGAUUGAAGUGGACAGUGUGGCAGAAGAAUCUCAAGAAGGACUCUGUGAAAGCGAGUCUGCUAAUGGAUUUGAAGCCAGUACCACUUCAAGCAAUUGUAGUAUAGCAGUACAAGACAGAGAUAAUGGAGAGAAGGGUCAAAAAAGGCCAAGCGAUGGCAAUAGUGGGACACUGGCAAAGAAACAAAAGCGUACUCCAAAGCGAUCAAGUGCUGUAGCCAAAAAUGAAAAGAAUGGAACAGGACAAAGCAGUGAUAGUGAAGAUCUUCCUGUCAUGGACAGUUCAAGUAAAUGUACUCCAGUAAAACACAUAAAUGUGUCCAAACCACAGAAGCUUGCGCGAUCCCCUGCAAGAGUAAUUUCCCCUCACAUCAAAGAUGGAGAAAAGGAUAAACAUAGAGAGAAACAUCACCACAGUGCUCCCCCUAGAGUGUAUAAAUGGAGUUUCCAACUCAAUGAACUAGACAACAUGAACAGCACUGAGAGAAUCUCCUUUCUACAAGAAAAACUACAGGAAAUCCGAAAAUAUUACAUGUCCCUGAAGUCAGAAGUAGCAACAAUAGACAGAAGAAGAAAACGAUUAAAAAAGAAAGACAGAGAAGUGUCUCAUACAGGAGCAUCCAUGUCAUCUGCUUCAUCAGACACUGGGAUGAGUCCGUCAUCAUCUUCUCCUCCCCAGAAUGUGCUUGCUGUAGAAUGCAGAGAAAGGGCACUUAUCAGAUUUGAAAAAUUAUGUCCAAUGAAGCAUUCAGGUGUUCUAGGAAAUCAUAGAAAAGCAAGUGCAUCAAACAGACAUCAGAAUAUUAUCAAACAGAAUCAAGUUACUGCUGCACUUUCACCCAGCUUGUAUGCUAACCCUUGGUGAGUAGUUCCUCUUUGUGGAAGCACUUGCUAUACAGAGCUGCCAAAGUAUGUGUUCAGCAAUGUGCCCAGUUUUAAAGAUGUAAAUGGGACAAAAUAAAUUGUGAAAGGAAGUGUAGUUGACUGAAAACUACAGUUGUAAUAAGUCUUCCACUUUUUAUAGGAUUUUUGAGCACACAAUUAUGCAAAUAUUUUAAUGUUUAUUAAUGUUUACAGUGGAAUUGUGAAUAGGUUUUCAGUGGACUAUCUUAUCCCUUGACAAAAAUAUUUUGUCUUUUUUCUAUGUAAUUUCAGAGUUUUUAUUUUGUUACAAAAAGACGAAAAAUGAAAUAUAUAACAACAAUGAAGUUAUUUAACAAGAUUUCUAAAGCUGAAUUUUUUUGUGUAAAAUAAGGUAUCUUGCAACUUGUUAAAUAUAUUUAUUCAGACAUUGGAUGUUGUAUUUUUAUGUAUUUUUUAAAAUAUUAAUAAAAUUGGAAAAAAAAUUCUAGGUUAGUUCACUCUUUUGAAAAAACAUACCUAUCAGUUGUAGCUCUUACAGGAGGUUUUAUUCAGUAGCCAUGCCUGUAUGUGCAGUGGGUCUGUUUAUUCUUCCACAAUGUAGAACUGUAAUCGGGCAUCUGGAUUAAACUAUAACCUUGUUUGGAAACUUUGGCAGUCCUAGUACUUAUAUUGUUUUGAGGAACAAAUUUUAUUGGGUUGCCCUUAAGAUGCUUUGUCACAGUUUUUAUGUUUGCUAUACUGCCGAAUGAAUUUAUAUCUCCCAAAGUUGAGAUGCAACAAUAAAGUAAAGCAACUGUGUAUACUUUGUCUGUGGAUUGUCCCACGGGCUGAUGCAGUUUGUAAAUAACUCUUCCAAAACCAUGUAUUUAAAACAGUUCGCAUAUACAUUAUGUAUAAAAGUGAUUUUUUAAUCAAUUUUUUAUUCAUGUUUGUACAUUGAAAGGGGUUUUAACCUCUCUUUCUGUGUUUAAAAUGCUGUAGAGUAAUAACAUAGAUGCUCUAGACUGUAUAUCAGGAUAUUAUGGUUCACACAGCAGAAAGUCAGAGCGAAACACUAGUGAUGGGGGUAGCAUUACUAAAAUUGAUGUUUCUUGAAACUUCAUUUUACCACAUUUGUCAACUUGUGAUUCCAAUUCCUUCCAUUUUCGCAGAGAAUUAAAGAAAAGUACUCUUGUAAAAUGCACUUUUCCGUCUUUUCUUAAGCAAAGCAUAACUAUUUCAAUGUAAGAUAAAAUGGAGUUCAUUAGAGAGCAUUAAUAAAGGCCAUGUUUUAAACAUAGGCUUUAUAUUUUUUUAUUUAAAUGAUUGUUCUUGUAAAUCUGACAUCUAAACAAUAGAAAAAUCAAACUUUGUUAAGUGUUGUAAAAAAUGUUCAGAGCUAACUUUCACUGUUAAUUUUAUAUUAACU